CGCCGUUCGCCCGCUCGGCCCCCGCGGCGCGGCCGUUCCCCCACCCCUCGCUCCCGCCCCCGGCGGAGCGCAGGCUGCACGGGGCGGUGCUGAGCGGCGGACCGGCGGCGGGCAGCCAUGCUGUCGAGGAAGGGGAUCAUCCCCGAGGAGUACGUGCUGACCCGGCUGGCCGAGGAUGUGCCGGAUCAUGCCCGGUACCGCGCGCGGGAGCGGCGGGCGCGGUUUGUGGGCAAGAACGGUGCCUGCAACGUGGCCCAUAAAAACAUCCGGGAGCAGGGGCGCUUCCUCCAGGACGUCUUCACCACCCUGGUGGACCUCAAGUGGCCCCACACGCUGCUCAUCUUCACCAUGUCCUUCCUCUGCAGCUGGUUGCUCUUCGGCAUGGUCUGGUGGCUCAUCGCCUUCGCCCACGGAGACCUGGACCACAGCACCCGGCUGCAGCGUGACCCCGCAGAGGGGACGGCAGGUGGCCCGUCUGGCUUUGUGCCCUGCGUGACCAGCAUCCACUCCUUCACCUCCGCCUUCCUCUUCUCCAUCGAGGUGCAGGUGACAAUUGGCUUUGGGGGACGCAUGGUGACGGAGGAGUGCCCAGCUGCGAUCCUGGUGCUGAUCGUGCAGAACAUCGUGGGGCUGGUGAUCAAUGCCAUCAUGUUGGGCUGCAUCUUCAUGAAGACCUCACAGGCACACCGGCGGGCCGAGACCCUCAUCUUCAGCAAGCACGCGGUCAUUGCUCUACGGGAGGGCAAGCUGUGCUUCAUGCUGCGGGUGGGUGACCUCCGGAAGAGCAUGAUCAUCAGCGCCACCAUCCGCAUGCAGGUCGUGAAGAAGACCUCCAGCCUGGAGGGAGAGGUGGUGCCCCUCAACCAGAUUGACAUCCAGAUGGAGAACCCUGUGGGGGGCAACAGCAUCUUCCUCGUCUCCCCACUCAUCAUCUAUCACGUGAUAGACAAGAACAGCCCCCUCUAUGACAUCUCCCCCUUGAACCUUCAUCACCAUGAGGACCUGGAGAUCAUUGUCAUCUUGGAAGGAGUGGUGGAGACCACCGGCAUCACCACUCAAGCCAGAACCUCCUACCUGGCGGAUGAAAUCCUCUGGGGCCAAAGGUUUGUGCCCAUUGUGGCAGAGGAAGAUGGGCGAUACUCUGUGGACUACUCUAAAUUUGGCAACACGGUGAAAGUGCCCACCCCUUCGUGUACUGCUAGGCAGCUGGAGGAGGACAGGAGCAUUAUGGACACCAUGCCAUUGUCCCCUAAAGGCACAAUGAGGAAAAGGUCCGUCAAGCUAAAGCCCAAGUUUACCAUAAGUGAUAAGCCUUCCUGAUGCCUUUUCACUGGGAAACUCUGUUAGGGCUUUGUGUCUGAAAGAUCUCAUAAACUCAAAACACUGAGGUGGCCUCUUACUUUUUUCUUUUUUUUUUUUUUAAUUCAGGUUGCUAGCACAAGGUAUGUUGUCGUGUUAUUUAUUGUGGGAUAAAUCUAAAGCUAAUUCUAUUUUUUUAAACGUGUGAGCGAUUUCAAGAAGCACUGGGAGUAGGAAAAUCAUGGUCUGCAGCUUUAAAUUUCAAUUCAGACUGUCCUAUUUAAUUUCACGAUCAUUUUUCAUUGAUUCAUCUGCAGGUAAUGACAUCUUUUCUCAAAAAAUAAAUGUAGAUUUUUCCUCAGAGAUUGCAGUACUUAGAGUCUUGCAGUGUCCUCAAGUCAAUAGGUUUUAACUGUUUUUUUUCUAACUUGAACAAUCAAUAUAGCAAAAUAAAAGAUUAAUAAUAUAAAGUAGGCUGGAUUUAAGUGAUAACAAAAGGGUGAGGCAAUGUUAUGUGUGACACAAGAUGAGGUCUGGAAGUGUCUGUGUUUUAUACUUGGUGUCUCAAAGAAAUUAACUGCUGGGUUUGCUUCAUCCAUAUUGUAUGGAGGCACGCCUACCUCAUGCACUAUGAAAUGUAUUUGAAUAUUUACUUUUGUUUAUUUUAAAACCCAUUUUGCUUCCAAAAUAAAACAGGAAUACCUUUUUGGACUGUACAUUUCUGAUAGUAAGCAAUGCUUUGCUUUGCCUUCAAAAAGAGUAGCAGAUAAUAUGCAACUGAAAUUAAUUAUAAAUAGGAAAAAUUCUGUAUUCUAAUUUUUAAAUGAAGAGAAGCAACAUCUCCCCACACUCAGCCACACAGCAAUAGGAUAUCCAGUAAAAAAAUUAAUCUCUCCCUUAGGUCAGAGUGAAUUCUGUUAGAUAAUUAGGGAAUAUAAAUAGCAUUAGAUACUUUAGAUGAAAGGCAAUGCUGAAUGCUGAAAUUAUAUCUGCAUGCAGUAGGCAAAACCUUUUGCUCCCUUUUUUUGUAAAACAAGCUAAGGUUUUUGUGCUGAGGGAAUGGAGGGAUGUGUAAGACAGCGUGGUCACUUCUGGGAUGCUGUGUCACAACACAUACUCCCGCUGAGAAAAUUAUUCCCUUUCCGUUUACAUCCUGACCCCAUACACAGCCGGUGCCUGCCUUAGUUUUUAGCUGAAUUCUGGAUCUGGCAUUUACCGGCAAACCCAAAGGAGCCGUGUUCACCCCUUCAGUUCCACAGUGACUGCGGGAGAAAUUCCCCUCAGCACACUCCUGCAAAUCUUCUGUCUGGGGAUAUUAAUAACAGCAGCGAUUUUAUUUCUGUGGAGGGUUAUUAGAAGAUAGCAACAGUAUUGACUACAGCGUUCUAUUAACAGGCCAAACUGCCACUCAAGUGAAAAAAAGAGAAUGUUGCCCGAAUAAUACUGAACUAAGCAUUACAAAGCUGAUCCAAUACCUGGUUACACAGACUCUGCAGAGGCACCAAGUUACUUUCAACAUGAUUACUCAAGGAGCUUCUAGUAUUAAGUUCUUGUGUGUUAUGUGGUUCGCAACAGACACGUAAAAUAUUUUGUGUCAGCAGUAAUAUGGCAAAUUUUUGCUGCCUUGUCAGUGUAAAAAUAUGACAAACCUGUUCAAAAGUGCAACAAAACUUCCAUAUUGAUGACAGAAUAUUUUCAGGCGUCUAUAAGAUGAAAUAAUGUUUGGGUAAAAUCAAAGGUUGUUUUAAAAUGGCAAAAUAGUAGUUAUAUUUUCAAUAUUUAUGUAUUUAAGUUUUAUGAGGACCUUUAUCAGCAUUAUCAGACUGCUAGUUAAGAGAGUAAAUGCCUGUUGAGUCUCUAAAUUCCCCAAACACCAAUACUAUCCUGUGAACAGCUCUGCAAAUGUGGUGUGUGUUUCACAAUGAAAAGGCAGACAAAUUGCCAUUAACAAGUAGUCAGCAAAUAAAAUUUGGAAAGGCAUAGUUUACAUUUGUAAUCACAAAAAAAUCCUAUUUUUUUAAAAAUAGGAAUGAUUAAAUGCCUCUAAUUAUUAAAUUACUUCCAUAAGA